UUCCGCGUCUCGCUGUCGCCCCGGCGCUUUUCUACGCGACCCGUAGGGAAAGAUUUCUCGCCAGGAUCUCCGACCUCGCGUGCCGCCGGGACGCGCACGUUGUGUGCGCGCCCGAGAGCGUCGGUGUAACGCCGCGGUGUUUUCGGCGAGUGCCGCGAGUGAGUUCGGUAUCGGUAUAGUGACGAAAACUCAACGAACGAGUAGAGAGAAAGGGCGGCGAGAAGGCUAGAGAGAGAGAGAGAGAGAGCGAGAGCAGGACGGUCGGAGUGCGGCUCGUGAUCGAUCUCACAGUGUGUACGCGCGUCAAGGUGUUUUCUUUCCGCGGCCACCCGUCGUCGUCGCCGAUCUCUAUUAUGUCACCGGCCACGCGUGCCGGCAGACCGCUCUGAUUCGAGGUACCUCGGCAUCAAGGCACGCAGGAACGCCCGCCACGAUGCUGCCGCAGACACCUGACAUCAUCCCGACUACGCUGAACCAGAAAUGCGUGAAAGCGCGAGCUCUGUACGACAAUAUCGCCGAGGCGCCCGACGAGCUGGCUUUUCGAAAAGGCGACGUCCUCACCGUACUGGAGCAGAACACUGCCGGUCUUGAGGGAUGGUGGUUGUGCGCUCUGCGAGGUCGACAGGGCAUCUGUCCAGGAAAUCGAUUGAGGCUUCUGGUUGGCCAAUACGAUACGGGGGGUUGUUUGGUCGGCAGCAGGGCCGACCUAACCAUUGCAGAGGAUGGCAUACAGAGACACGGGAAAAGGCGUAGCUGGCACGUACAGCCCAACAGAGUUGUAACGCCGCAAAAGUGUGGGGACGUCUACCUAUACGAUCUCCCAGCAAGUCGGGGAAGUCCCGCGCCACCCUCCAGACACGAUUCACCCCUCAACUCGACGAACAAUGAGCAUUCGCACAAUACGGGACGUUACACGAGCAAUCACGCGCGGAGUUCCAUCGACAACGGGGGCGCCGACGUGAACGAGUGUUACGACGUACCGCCACGCGCGAUCCCGGUGAUCCCCUCGCCGGCGAGCAGCCCGAGCCCGGCACCGUCGUGCUACGAUAUCCCGAGGCCGCCGACAUCAUGCACGCCCAACUCAAAUUGCUCCGGCGGCUCCGGCAUUACACCGCUGGAUUGCUACGACGUGCCGCGACCGUUGCAGCCCCUCACGCCCAGCAGCUCGGCCUCCAGCCUCACCAACGACGGCUCCCUCAGCGGAUCGAACAGAUCGAGUUUGGCCGCUCCGGAUUACGACGUACCCCGACCGCGUCUUCCAGCGUCCUCGUUGCCGUCCCGACACAACACCCCCAUACCGAAGACCCCGACCCCGCCGCCACCCACGCAACAGAUUUACGAUGUACCAGUCAGCAAGGAGCUUCCGCUGGAGCUGGACUCCGCCCUGGAAGGUUUGCAGAGGCUGCAGAGCGAGGCGUCCGCCGCGAUAGCGAGGCUACUGGGCUUCGUGAGCCCCGGUUGGAGAACGCCGCAGCGAUUGGACGCCACCCUUAUGGAUCUGAGGCUGGCUGCUCUCAGGCUGAGAACGUCUCUUCACGACCUAGCCGAAUUCGCGGAAGGUACGCUGGGCAAUGCGGGCAAAGCGCCAGAUAAGGGCCUGGCCACGAAAUUACGGCCGCUGGUAAAGGCGCUUCGUGAUUCUGACAAGCUCGUACAGGAAGCCGCUACCGAAUUGGACACGAUGGAAUGGGACGCGAGUAAACUCUGUCGUGGCGGUGGUGAUACACCGACGCCUACUAACGGACCCCCGUCCUCGCUGCUACUACCUGUGCAGUCGGAUCCCCUUGAUCAGCUGAUCGCGUGCGCUCGAGCACUCACGGAAGACGUUCGUCAGGUCGCUAGCUUCAUUCAAGGAAAUUCCACGUUGCUCUUCAAGCGGGCGUCGAUCAUCUCUACGGGCAGCAGCAACAAUAGCGGCGCCGGGGAGGAUUAUGACUAUGUAAAUCUCGACUCGCGAGAGGUCGUCUCGAAGCAACGAGAGGAACUGCGGGCCUCGCUGCCGCAGGAGUUGCGCAGCAAUUACGACCUGCUGGUGUCCGAGGCGGACAAUGCCGCGAUUCAGAUGCCACCCACGACCCCGACGCCCAUGGAUCCCAACGACAAGCAAUUGUUAGCCUUCUAUGUCGCCCAGGUCAUCACGCACGGCGCGCACCUGACUCACGCGAUCGACGCCUUUCUGCAAACGGUGGAGCACAAUCAACCACCCAAGGUUUUCCUAGCCCACGGCAAGUUCGUCGUGCUGAGUGCGCACCGACUAGUGCAUAUCGGCGACACGGUGCAUCGGAACGUGACACGCAACGACGUGCGAACGCGCGUGCUACAAUGUGCGAACGCCCUGAACGAGGCGCUCGGGCAGACGGUGCAGAAGACGAAGCAGGCCGCCCAAUUCUUCCCGAGCGUCACCGCGGUCCAGGAGAUGGUCGACAGCGUCGUCGACGUCUCACACCUGGCCAAGGAUCUCAAGGUCGCCAUGAUACACGCCGCUCAACAGCCCUGAGGGGCAUCUUCGUCACUACGCGGUCGCGAAACCACAAGUUCCUUCAACUGAAACACAACUCUCGACGGGCUUCUUCCGCGUUAACGGAGAAGCUCCGAGACUGCAAAAGAUUCAAACGUAACGCAUUUUUGGAUUUAUCUCGCGAUUGGAAGUUCAAUCGCGUUGAUUUGAAGACAACGCUCGAGGGAUCAACGCCGAGUCUGUUUUUCGCGGUUUUUUUUCUUUUCUCGUCGGGGUUUUAAACGAACGUCGCUGAAGAAUCUUCAGCGCGUUAAUGAAAUAUGAGUAUUCUUUCUUAUACGAAAGUGGAUCAAAAGUAUCUCAGGAAUUUCUCAUGGAUGUGAUCCUUCAAGCGUUAUCUGAGAGGAUUAUUGAUGGCUGCUGUUAUUUUGAGAUUCAGCCAUUUACAAAUAGAAAUAUACAAUAGUACUGAAUGCGCCUGUUAUUUUUUUCGAGGGGAAAAAAAAACGAGCACUAGUGCAAAAGAGUUUCGCUAGAAUUUCAACAGUACUUUCGACAUUUAAAUGGCGAGAUAAUCAAACAUGGCCCAUACGUACGCUUCACGAGAGUGAAGUGUUCGGAUGUCCGCACACUUUAGUGCGUCCCGUGCAGCUACUAUCCCAUUUCAUUAUAUAAAGAAAAAUCCGUGGCCUAAAAUAGGAACCUGCUACUGCCAAAGCUCCGGUAUAUAGAACGUAAGAAACGAAGAAAACCACAACCCUGGGACGAGUGUCUUUGUAAUGUACUCGAGAAUAUAAGCAUUGUAUAAUCUUUCAUAGGAAACAUAUGUAGCUGUUCAAUUAGAUUGGUAGUAGACGUGUGAAAACGGAGUAUAACGAGGCCGAUAGCUUUCUGGCACGAGUAAAAACAUUUCCGAAACGGCUUUUGCGAAUUUUGCGACCUGGUGAGCGCCCGCUGCAAAGUCUUGCCACGUUGCAAAGUCCAUUUCGGAUAUACGCCGAUGACGUAUGCAGCUAAACGUGUUAGUAGUUUUAUAGAUGUACGUAUACAAUAGAACAUACACACGCGACUAGACAACAUGUGUAUUCAUAUCUCUCUUUCGAAACCGGUUUCACCGACGCCAAUUGUAGCUGUAAUUUUACUUUCGCGGAUUCCUUGUUCUUUCGAAAGAAUUGAAAUCAAAACAAGAAAUAACUGAAAUCGCAAUUACAGUUAACUGGAUAUUAAAUUGGAAUCGGUGAUUGACAAUUUUAAUGACGGGUUUGAAGUGUUUUCCUGUAGUGACGAAUCACCGCUGCUUUUAUUCGAAGGCGAAAAGACCGAUAUGAAUACCGCAUGUCGAAUUGAGGAACAACCGCGUUUCUGUUUUUGUAACUCGAUCGCAUGUCGAAAAAAUUGACACCAAGAAAAUUCAACGCAGACUCCUCUGCGGGCAGUACCCUCCUUUUGGGAUAUCCCCGCGAAGGCGAAUUAUUACGUGUUGCGGACAGUUUUUUUGGAAGACAAUUUUUAAAGAAUUUUAUACGAAGCUUUUACCGCCGGGUUUACGACUUUUUCGGGCGCCCAGGCCUUUUUACCAGGCUCUUCCAUAAAACAGUAAAUUAGCCACGUGCGUACACUGUGAACCGCAAUCAGCGGCGGAUCGAACUUGUAAAUUAUUGUUGACGCGCAAAAAUUUCCACGGCAACUACACGCGUACUCGCGAAUCUUUUUGCACAACGAGACCAAUAACGCCUUUUUUUUUAUUGAACGCCUUUUUUAUAGAACACACAAACGAACGUUUUUAUUAGAUCUAGAUCCUGUGAUUAAUAGAUUGACAACAUAAAUGUUUAAAGGAUAUCGCAUUUAGAAUUUUCGUUUCAUCAUCUGGAUUUUUUUCCAUAGCAUUCAAAUAGAUCAAAUCAUGGAAUUACUUUUUAAUUAUUUAAUCAUUGAAAUAUUUUUUUCGAUUAAAAAAUGGAUCUUAAAGAGACUAAAGCUAAAACGAACAAUAAUACCUUCACCUAAGAGAAUCUUAAGAUCUAGUAAGAUCAUUUUCGAGCUCACGCCUGUCGGCCAAAAGUAUGUAUACGAUCCAACCGCUAAUUUGCGGCGCACUCGUUCUAAUGGCAUUCUCCACGUGCGAAAGUGUACUUAAAAUAAAAAUAGCUCGCCGACCAUAGCAUUCGCUCAACGCAUGCGGAACCAUCCGACUAUAUAUAGAGUUUUAUCGCGCCUCGUUUAAACAACGGAGAUAUAAUUGUGAUUGUGAAUACGAUUACGUAUGUUACAUAGCCGUGUAUCAAGAUGUGACUUUCUGUUGCAGCUUUAACGAUUACGAGCAUUUAUUAGAAUUCAUCUCAAGGCUUUAUCUCUCUUUCAAUUUCUUUUUUUAUCUUAUUUAGAUUGACUAAUGUGAUUUACUGUUGCGUAACAGAAACGAUCUUUUAAGGGCAACUUAAGCGGCGUCUACAAUGAGACUUAAAACUUGAGAUUUAGGAAAUGUGGUUGGUCAAUUUUCUUAAAUCUUAAUAAGUCUUAAGUCUAAUUGUAGACGCCGCUUUACGACAUUUAUUUUACAUUUUUUUAGAGACUAUAUACCCAGGCAUAUCGCGCAUGGAGAAGCGUUUAUACACGAACCUCGUUUACGAGAAUUGUAUUAUAAUUUAUUGACGAAGUGUUUUUGUAAUAUAAUACAUAUAGCAGGCAGUUUUAUAUAUAUAUAUAUAUAUAUACAGAUAGAAUUGUAUAUUUAGAAGUUUAUAUGAUAGUCAAAUUGAUAGGUGCUUAUCCGCGUUGAAUCACGUAUUCGGAUAUGUCGUGUUAUAGCAUUAAGUGGAAUAGUUUCUCCUUAUUGCAAACGCAGGCUGACGAAUUGACGAAGUUACUGAUGUUAUUCACGAACACUAACUCGUCAUUCCCCUGAUUUCUCUUUUGUACCUGGACAAUCUUUUCACGAUAGUUGUAUCAUCCUCGCGUCGGUCACUCGUAAAUGUAUACGUAACGGUAUUACUGUAAACUUACGAGCUACAUAUCCGAGGGCAGCUAUCCCAAGAUUAGAUGAAAAGAAGUUACGGAAACCUCUUGAUGUGACGCGCGUGAUGUCGUUGAAGCAACGUCGACUACACAUCGAAAAUUUGUUUAUCGCUAUCAUAAUGACACUUUAAUGUUUUCGGUAUAAUCGCGCAUUGACUGCAUUUUAUCAAUGCAAUUCCUGCGUUUUAUCAUUGAAGACUCCUUUGUGUCGUUUGCAAACUCGAGAUACGUUAGAAAUUAUAUAAUUAUGUUACUUUAAGAACACCUUAUUUGUACAUAGAUAUAUUUAUACAUAUUAUAUAUAUAUAUAUACAUAAUAUAAUUAUUCCUAUUACAGAAAUGGAGUAUGUAUACACAAGCAUUAUGGUACAUCCGAGAUGCAAUAGUGGUGUAAACUGACUUGAAUAUCGUGCAAUGUCAAAAAUAAUUUUUAAGCCAAAAUACACUGAAAAAGACAAAAUAUUUCAAGAUCUAUCGAGACGAGUGUUCGUAGAUCCGAAAGUGUAAGUAGGAACUGUAUAAAUUGAGCCCAUUUCAGUGCUGUAAAAUAUUAUUUUUUUCUACCGUACUUUUUAACAACACGCUUGACAACGCCCUGAACAAUUAAUUUUACAUAGUGGCGCGUUACGUGUGAAUUACAGUUUCAGUCAUUCAAUAAAGUUAUAAUGAAAAAAAAAA